UAGUCUUUAUAAAAGAGCAACGAAAGUUAGUCACAGUGCGUCGCUAAUUUUGAGUGAAUAUUUCGGAUUAAAUUUAUUCGUUUUUUUGUGCAAUUGAAAAUACUGGAAAAUGUGCGCGCGUUUACUAAUCUGCAUGAUUACAAUUGCGCUAUUCGCAGUACAUCAAACAAAUGCUGCAAUGACAAUGGAACAAAUUGAAAAAACCGCGCUAAACGUGCGAAAUACGUGUACGUCGAAAUCUCAUGCAGACCCUGGAGCUGUCGCAGGAAUACAAAAUGGCGUAUUUCCAGAUGACAAUAAACCUUUGAAAUGCUAUACACUAUGUGUAAUGAAGACAAUGCGAACUUUCAAAAAUGGACGCAUAGAUGACGGUAUGAUGAUUAAACAAGUGGAUCUAAUGUUGCCAGCUGAAAUGGCGGGUCCUUUGAAAGCAGUUGCGACUAAAUGCGCAGCAGAACCACCUACUGGCGAUGAUUGCUCAACCACUUAUCAGUUUGUGAAAUGUAGUUAUUCCACGGAUCCAGAUCACUUCUUCUUUCCUUAAUCGAAAUCAAACGCAGAUAAUGAUGAGAAUAUAAUGCAAUCACUUUUGAAAAUUUGUAAUUACUUUAGCGUUAUGAAAACAUAAAUAUGUAUAAUUGUAUUAAUUUCAAUCGUGUCACAAGAAUUGUGUAAUUAUAAAUUGGUUAAUUAAUAUAUUGCGAUAAGGUGUAUUUUACAUUAUUACAUACUAUACGUUAGUAGUAAUAAUAAUUAAUAAUAUGCAAUGAUAUAGACAUUAUUUAAUUAUUUUAAUUAGUAUAUAAUUAAUUACAAGUAAUGCAUGAAAUAUUAGGUGUACAAAUUAAUAAUCCAAAUUAUUCAAGCAAUGAAAAAUUUAUUUCAAAUUAAUUAAUAAUAUUUUUGCUCUUAUGAAGUUAUGUAAUAUUGACAUGUAACUAUUAUAAAUUGCAUUUAAUUUUAUGGAAAA